AUGUUUGUUGAUGAUUUCGAGAUUUCAACCCUCUCUCCAGUUGAAGACACUACUCCUUUAGCUCGUGAAUUCAAAAGCACAACUCCACUACCUAGACCCAACAUAUUCUAUACUCUCUUUCCAAAUCUCCAAAAGGAUCACAAAGAAAGUCGCUAUUGUCCUCUUAACAAAUACACCUUCCAAGUCACUUGUACUCCACAAAAGAAGCUUCGCUAUGAUUUGCAGGUGUUUUGUCAAGACUAUGCUGAUAUUUGCGGUGUGCCAAAUACCAACUUAUACCCCUCGCGAACUGGCAGAAACAAUAAUGACGGACGGCCAGAAGGUUAUGGUCAGAAGCAGAAAAACGGAAACUUCGGCCUUGGGACCAGCUUUGCCUUUGGAACGGGGAUGUUACCAGGGUUCUCUGUUGUUGGAUCUCAGGGAGCGGAUAUUGGAAAAGAAAAUAUGCCCUUCUUGAACCAAAUUGGAGGCAUCAUGAUGAACAACGGGGUUGAAAUCGGUGCUACCGGGAAAAAGAUUGGACAAGGACCGGGAAGAACGAUCGACGCUCUCGACCGGGGAUUCCCAACGGGCAAUGCUCUGUUCGGCCAAGGCGAUCCAACGGCGGCAGACCGAAGAGCGACGGGCGAAUUUUUGAGAUCGUUUGGUAUUCCAAAUGUUGCAGGACUAGGAAAAAUUCUCAAAGCUCUAAAUCCACCCCGACCGAAUCGUCUACCAUCAAGAGGCUUGGGAUAUGAGCCUGGUUACGGAGCGUUAGACAAGAAAGCGCCCCUUGCCUUUGGAAAAGUUGACCAUGACUCGGUUAAUCUCCCAGGAGGUCUUGGCGAUUUUGAAAUUAACAAAGGAACUGGAAUGGGCUUUGGAAAA